GGCAGGUUCCGAGGUCCGACGGUCCGGCCGCGGACGUUCCUGGCAGCUGACGCGCGUAGGCGAGGCGACGACGGAGCAGGAUUUGCUUGGAUAAGAUCUUCACUAAGACCUUCUGACGUUCCAGGAUGGCAAGCAAGGGACCCUCAACCUCAGCAUCACCUGAGAACUCCAGUGCAGGGGGUCCUAGUGGAAAUGGUGCUGGUGAGAGUGGAGGGCAGGACAGCACCUUCGAGUGUAACAUCUGCUUGGACACAGCCAAGGAUGCAGUUAUUAGCCUGUGUGGCCACCUCUUCUGUUGGCCAUGUUUACAUCAGUGGUUAGAGACCAGACCUAACAGGCAAGUGUGUCCAGUCUGCAAAGCCGGCAUCAGUCGAGACAAGGUCAUCCCCCUGUAUGGCAGGGGCAGCACGGGGCAGCAGGAUCCCAGAGAGAAGACUCCUCCCCGUCCUCAAGGACAAAGGCCAGAGCCAGAGAACAGAGGGGGAUUUCAAGGAUUUGGAUUUGGAGAUGGUGGUUUCCAGAUGUCUUUUGGAAUUGGGGCCUUUCCCUUUGGGAUAUUUGCAACAGCAUUUAACAUAAAUGAUGGACGGCCUCCUCCUGCUGUCCCUGGAACACCUCAGUAUGUGGAUGAACAGUUCCUGUCACGUCUCUUCCUGUUUGUGGCCCUGGUAAUCAUGUUCUGGCUCCUGAUUGCCUAACAUGUUGGGUUCCUAGCCUACAUUUGUGAUGGCGCCUCUGGACUAGUAACAUACUACCCCACACACUCUUUGGUGUUGGCUUUCUGGCUAAUCUGAUCCCUGGAAUCAGUGGGGGCAGUAACACAUCAAGGAGUUGCUUCUCCAUCAGAGCUUUGGGACUCAAGCAAGACCAGGUGGUGAGGACUGUGGAACAUGAUCUCUGCUGUAAAUGCCCUGCUAAAAACCUCAGGCCUUGGCAUUGCAUUGUCUUUCAUGGGUGACUUCAUGAAAUCUUGUUCCAGCCAUAUCAGUAGUUCCAGACUGCACAGGGAAGAGGCAGGAAGGGGGAGACCGUUGGUACAUUUUACCCGAGCUUUAUAAUGAAGCACAAAGACAAGGGAUGCACCAAAUGAUAUUUACAAAAACUUCCUUUCCUCUCAAGAUAUUCCUUUAUCAUCUGCCUUCGAAGUCAGCACUCCACAAUAGUGAAGCUCUCCUUCCAGAUCUCAGUACCAUUCUCUGAUCUUUUCUUCCUCCUCUUUCUCCUUCUCAAUGGAAAUGUAAGACAUUGUAAUGUCCUUUAAAAAUCAUAACUGCAAUGGCUGAAACUGGUGUUGCUUCAUGAAAUCAAGAGAGCUCCAACGGUCUCUGACUUGAAGGCAUAGAUUAGUCCCACAGGCCAUGGCUUUAUUCACAGAUUGCUGACUGACCUUCGUUCCAAACUGCAUCUUCCUCUCUCUGUCCUGAUGUGGAACUGGCUGCUGUACCUGUGGAAAGAGCUACAUAAAUGACUCCUGUGAGAUUUGGGACUUGGAUGCAGAAACAGCUGCAAAAACCCUGUUCUGCACACUAUAGAAGCUCUGGUUCAUCUUCCUCUCAAGUCAGCCCAAUUGCAUGUUUGUCUAUCCUCUUCAAAUGCCACGUUGUCCUGUAUGCAGAAGCAGAGAGUGGGGACACCCCUAUGUUACCCUGAAUUUGUUAAUGCUUGAUGGAUUCCCCUGAAAACUCUUUAUCUGUAUUCUACGACCCGGGAAGAAUGAAAUUUGAGAACAGGCAACUCCUGUUGAUUGUCAACAAGGCCCGUGCAGCCUCAACCUGAAAAUAAUGAUAUGAUCUUCCUGUAAGAGUCUUUCCCCUGGAAAUUCCCAGACGGAUUUAUUCUUCCACACUGAUUGUUUUUUUCAACUUUGUAAGCCUCUUCCUCUGAUUCUGAGGGAAUGUGAUACCAGGUGAGAAGGACAGUUUACUUGGUGGACUGAUUCUCACUCACCAGUCAGGCCUCAUAGAAAUCCAGCCUUUCCCAGAGACCUGGAGUAGGAAGAAAGAAAUUACCUCUCCAAGAUCCAUAGCUACCUGGCUUGUUUAUAUUGGUUCUGGGUCACCCAAAGCAAUAACCCAUCAUAGAAAGCCCUUUCAUUUAUACUUUUGAAAAAUGGCUCUUUAGAGCAAGAGGAAACCAAGACCUUGAGAAAAAUGAGGAAAGCCCUUCUCUUCUCUUCAUAUGGCCUACCUUACCCCUUUGCGCCUGUCAGUGUUUAAAUUGAUGAAAUAUAAGUAUUGAAUAGGUGGUUCGUUUGCCGAAUCCAUUUCAUAGGAAUAAGCCACCAGCUUUCAGUAUACUGCUGGAUUUUAAACACUCUUGAGACACCUGCUUGAGAGUGUUUUUUAUCAUCUGAAAAUCCCAACAUGGAGUGUCCCUAUAGUUUUUCAUCUCUAAGAACAUUGGUGAGAUGGCUCAGUACAGUGCUGACCCCUAGUGAUGAUAAAAAAAGAUGUCAGUCAGAUAGGCCCAACAGACACUUGGGUUUCCAGAAAGGUUAUAGAACAGAUAGAAAAUCAAAUUCUUUGGACUCAUUAAUUAAAUGGAGUGAGCCCAGAGAACUCCACGAGAGAAAGCAUCUCCAGAACCAGUUAGUAGAGCCAAGUGAGCCAAUGUGCCCUCUGAUUUUAAACUUUCUAUAUCCCCACUCAACCCUGCCAGGAGUCGAAGCAGGGAUCCCACUUGGAGCUGCUGGCCCAGCUCCAAUUGGGAGCCCCCUUCCCCCCCUCCCACAGGCUAACCCCCUGCCGAGGCAGUUUUCCUUUCAUACAUGUUUCUAUGCUCUUGGUCUUCACCUUCCUCCUGCCACAUUUGUGGAUCAGGACCAGAUCCCAACCCGUCAGAAAAUGGCACCAUGUAUAGUGACACACCUUAACCAGUCACUAAUUUUCACUGUUGUGAAAGUGAUUUGAUUUAGAAUUAAAUGGUUUUACAUUACUGUGA